UGUAGUGAAGUGGAAGUACCUUCUGGCCCAAAUUGAAUGAAAAUAAAAAAAUUGAAAGACUGAUUAGAUUCAUCCAGUGAACUUUUCUUCCAUUUAACUGCCUAAAAAUGCCUGGCAACAAUUUUCUCCAUAGAAGGGGGCUAUGAUUUUGCUGCCAAAUUCAAGUGAUUAGAGUUUCUAAGUAAGUCAGGGAAAUGUUUUUUUUUUCUAAUUAAAACUCUGGACCACACAACCGAUGACUGCCCUGACAGGGAGCACAACAGAGAACCCCUGAGGGAGCAGGAGCACAGUGGGAUGCAGACCCUAAAUUCUCAUAAAAAAACCAGACUUAAUGGUCUGACUGAGACUAGAGGAAUCCCGGCGGUCAUGGUCCCCAAACAUUCUGUUGACCCAGGACAGGAACCAUUCCCAAAGACAACUCAUCAGACAUGGAAGGGACUAGACAAUGGGUUGGAGAGAGAUGCUGAUGAAGAGUGAGCUACUUGUAUCAGGUGGACACUUGAGACUGUGUUGGCAUCUCCUGUCUGGAGGGGAGAUAGGAGGGUAGAGAGGGUUAGAAACUGGCAAAAUUUUCAUGAAAGGAGAGACUGGAAGGAGGGAGGGGGCUGACUCAUUAGGGGGAGAGUAAGUGGGAGUAUGGAGUAAGGUGUAUAGAAGCUUAUAUGUGACAGACUGACUUGAUUUGUAAACGUUCACUGAAAGCUCAAUAAAAAUUAUUAAAAAAAAAAACCCAAAAAACUCUGGACCAAUUUGGAGAAGGCUCAGGGUGCUUUAAGGAGAUAUGGUGGGGAAUCAUGACCAGAAAGGAUGAGUCAAGAAGAACCUAUGAUUCAGUCUUUCUAAUCCUGUCAACCUCUGUUUUGGAAGUCUGACUUUGUUUAGAAGGGGAAUUAACAUCCAUUUUAAUGUAAUUUUUAUUUUUCAUUUCCACAGAGCUCCCCGAAGAAGAAUGUCUAUAAGAAAUCUCUCCACAACAAUCAAAUUUGUCUUAGUGGGCUUAACACAGCAGCCAGAGCUCCAGCUGCCUCUCUUCCUCUUGUUCCUGGGAAUCUAUGUGGCAACUGUGGUGGGGAACCUAGGAUUGAUUGUCCUGAUUGCAAUCAGCCCUCUGCUACACACCCCCAUGUACUAUUUCAUCAGUAGCUUGUCCUUCGUUGAUCUCUGCUAUUCCUCUGUGAUUACCCCCAAAAUGUUGGUGAACUUCCUUUUCGGGAAGAAUAAUAUGAUCCUUUACUCUGAGUGCAUGGCACAGCUCUAUUUCUUUGUGGUCUUUGUGGUGUCUGAGGGCUACCUCUUGACAGCAAUGGCAUAUGACCGCUAUGUUGCAAUCUGUAGCCCUCUGCUCUAUAAUAUGAUCAUGUCCCCUCGGGUCUGCUCAUUACUGGUGUUAGUUGUCUUCAUUCUAGGAUUUCUGUCUGCCUUGGCCCAUACAAGUGCCAUGAUGAAACUGUCCUUCUGUAAAUCCCACAUCAUCAGCCAUUACUUCUGUGAUGUCCUUCCCCUCCUCAAUCUCUCCUGCUCCAAUACACACCUCAAUGAGCUUCUACUUUUCAUCAUUGCAGGGUUUAACACCUUAGUGCCCACUCUAGCUGUCUUCAUCUCCUAUGCCUUUAUCUUCUACAGUAUCCUUCACAUCCGGUCCUCAGAGGGUCGGUCAAAAGCUUUCAGCACUUGCAGCUCUCAUCUCAUGGCUGUGGGGAUCUUCUUUGGGUCUAUCACGUUCAUGUAUUUCAAGCCACCUUCAAGUAACUCCCUGGAACAGGAAAAGGUGUCCUCAGUGUUUUAUACCACAGUGAUCCCCAUGCUGAACCCUUUAAUAUAUAGUCUGAGGAACAAGGAUGUAAAGAAAGCAUUAAGAAAGGUUUUGGUGGGGAGGUGA